AUGAUCAAUCGAUCAUCGCGACUGACUAGAUCGAUUGUCCCGGUCUCACAAACCCAAUCGACCACCCUCCACAGAUUAAGCAAGCAACCUCAAAACAAUUUAUCAACAGCAAGAGCGACGACUGACGAGAAUAAACCACAUGACCAUACCGUCGUUGGACAUGGAUCGAAGAAUCAACCUUCUACUAGCCCUUCGGUCCAAAAAGCAUUCCUGGAAUCCAUGAAAUAUCUUCAGCAAGACGCCGAACGACUCCAGCAUAAGAUAAGAGAACUCCAAACUUCUCAAAACUCACCUCAAUCACAACAAGAUAUCGAACGGCUUGAAAUAUUGAGCGAAAUUAAUGAUGUGCAAGUUCGGAAGAACCACAACCUUGGCGUUGGGGUAGAUAUGUCAAAGCCGAUAUACCGAUUUUUAGAACAACAACGAUGGAGGAAAGAAGGUCAACUCGGUCGUCUCAUGGAAACAAUCCAUCGACUAAGGAUCUUUCCCGAUUUGUUUCCGUCGAUCGAUCCGACCGUCAACCUGAAAAUUAAGUUCCAAGACAACUAUCUAUCAAACACUAACCGAUUGAUCAACAUCGGCAACUUUGUUCCAAGCUCAAAAUCCACGAAGCCACCAGUCAUCCAAGCCCAAGUCUUCCAUCCCGAGCCAAAACUAUACACGCUCGUUAUGGUCGAUCCCGAUGUUCCCGACCCUCGAAAUCGAUCGUUCACUACUUUCCUUCAUUGGGUCAGAGCGAAUGUUUCGAUUUCGGCAACAACCAAUGGCGAGAUAGACCUAACAACGGAGAAAGGAGCAGAAGAAGAGGUGGAGUAUGUGGGGCCACAUCCGGCGCAAGGCUCCGGGAGCCACCGGUACACGAUCAUGAUGUUUGAGCAAGCCGGCCCGAUCAAUUUGAGUGCCGAUCCGGAGCUACUCAACCGUGCUGGGUUCUCAUUACGCCGAUUCAGUCGCCAACUUGACCUGAAACCGGCCGGCGUGAUGGCUUGGAUUAGUCAAUGGCAUGCUCGAGAUGCUGAGGCGAUCAGCUCGAUCUAUAGGGACGAAUUACAAAUCCACGAACCUCGAUACGGGAAAGAGCCUAAGCCAUACGCAAACCGGGUCAAAUUACCGUCCCAUACACCAUUACCCCUCACCCAUCGUCACCCACCCGUCAUUCCUUGGCGUGAAAAGAUUGCUUCUUCUUCCGAUCCUAACCUUAGUUAA